CUUUUUCCACGACCAGCAGGAGCAGAGAGCAUCGCACUCGCCCGUGCGGGCGAAGAAAAAAUUCUCCAGUGGUCAACAAAAUCAAGAUAAUUCUUCGAACAAUAAGUCCUUGAGCCCAGCGAGACCUCGGGGCUCUUUGGUACUCUCUUCCCCAACGAAAGCGGCGCGCAACGGGAUGCUGAGCAACGCGUCGAUGAAACUGCAACAGGCGAGAGCGGCCGACAUGAUGGUAACGAGCACCUCGAAACAAUCUCUGACGUCGUCUUUGACGAUCACGAUGCAACAGAGCCUAUUGGAUCAAGAGCAGCAAUCGUUGCAGAUGACAAACAACGAGAGUAACUCCAGUUCAAUCCACAUCGAGCCCUCCGCUGCAAAGAUGCCAGAAUCAUACCAAGACCAUUCUUACGACCCCUCGUCCGAUGCCACCGCCCGGUUCGGCCUCACGACCGCCCCGGCGACCACCUCCAUGCGCUCCAUUUUUGAUAACGAGCAGUCCAAAAUCAACCCCUUUGGCUUACCGAUCCGGCGCCCGGAUUCGCGGGCCGCGACGCCGCAGCAGUCGUCUGCGCAGUCGAUUUGGCGGAGGUUGCUAUUUGAGGCGAAGAAAAAGUACUUGGACUGGCGGAGGGGGGGAGACGAGUCCGUCGCGGUUAUUGGACACUCACCGAUGAAGAAUGCUGGACAGCAGUCGUUAUUUGAGCAGCAGCAGGCUUCUUCGAUUGCAACAGCACCAUCUUUGCCAGGAAAACAACAGCUUCAAGCGAAUUCGAUGCAGCGAAGCAGUUGCUCUCCCCCAAGGUCGCCAGCACUGCAAGCAUCUUCGGAUCGACUACAGCAUCAAGGAUCUGCUCAACAUCAGCAGAACGAGGCAAGCCAGAAGAUCCACACCACGAUGGUGGAGAGGUUGGAUUUUGGCAACCCGCUGAUCGAAGAUUUCUUUUACAGAAGAUUGGUCAAAGCUUUCAAGGAGGACGAAGUGGAGGGCGAACAACAACAGCCAGCUUCAUCUUCCGCAGUAGUUGCAACCACAGAAGAAGUUCUUGCGCCCGCAGAUCAUGAGACCACUACAAAGACGGAAGUUCAACCUGUAGAGAGCACAACUGCUCCCACUGAAGAUGCGGUCGAGAAACAACAAGCGAAAGCGGACCAAAAAUCACCACAAAAAUCUGCUCCCCCAUCCAACUCCAAACCGCCAAAGCAGGAAGCGUUUCUCCUCUACCUGGCUUGCCUGAAGCAGCACCCGGAGGUGUCCGUGCAGGAAUUCAAGGAGCAAAUUGAACGGGAGUACUGGGAGUGGCACUUUGGUGAUGUCAUUGUCGAGGAGGAUCAGUAUGAUGUCGAUUUAGAGAAUUUGACCAGUGCGCACGGCAUGGCAAGCAACUACGGAGGAGGUCUUGGUGGCGGGAUUUUCGGCAAUAACAACUAUGGAGCCAGCACGACGAGCUGCAACCACAUGAACUACUCGUCCACGUUCACCGACGGGUUUGGGGGCUCUUUUGAAUACGGGACCACGACCAACAAAAAUAUGUCGAGUUCUUUUAUUAACCACUUCCCGGAUAAGCCGUCCCACGGGUUUGUGCACCAGAACACCAACUUGGAGUCGAUCCAGGAGUCCGCGACGGAAGGGCACAAUAGUGUUCUGAAGAGUUCGGCGUCCGGUGCAGCAUCAACGACCAACCUGCAGAUGAUGAGCUCGUGCACGAGCGCAAACGACUCGGCGUUGGGCAUCGUGCAAGACAAUUCGCUCAGCGAGAUGGCGAACAGCCGGACGAACAACCAGUUGCGGAGUGCGUCGUUCAAUCUCGCAACGAAUAUUAACGACGGAGCUGUCAUUGCAGCUACUGAGGGGCAGGCUGUAGUUGCCGGAAAUUAUAUCAAUACCCCCAGCAACGCGGCUGCGGCUCCUGUUGAGACCGAUGAUGACACGGGUACGUACGUGGAGUCGGCGAUGCAAACCACGACGCAGUCAUUUUUGUCCAACACGGCCGGAAUGAGCAAUUUUGUGGUAGGUCUCCAGGACACACCAACCGUCGCGGUCGCGGUGGACACGGCAAACAUCUCCGCUCUGGCUUCGUGUGAAGAUGACAGCCAAAAUGUGACGACCACAACUUUCCUGGAGGACGAUUUCAUCGGCGGGGGGAAAAACGCGGAGGAAGACGGGUUUUUCUACCAGUACCAGCACGACUUACUGCAUAUCCCCCCCGGAACCUCUUUCUCCAACAAGACAGGCCAGAGCGAAUCCCGCCCGACCACAACGACCAGCUGGACGACCAGUCGGGUGAGGACGCCGCUAUACACGACCAUGUACUCUGAAUUCGGAACCGUGGCCGCUUCUGGCGCAGGGGUCAAGGGAGUCACAGUUCACAACGCGCAGCGGCGAGUAGAUGAGCAUCAGGUGGGAACAACAAGGGGACCCGGUGACGACCAAACCGGAAAGCAGCAGCUCUACAGCAACCAGCAAAUUGCUUCGAUGAGCUUGAGACUGGCGAGGAAAAACGCCUUGGAAACGAGGGAGUUGAACAACAAACUGAACAACAAUCUCUACCAUGUUUCCCCGAUCAAUGUCGUGGACCAGCUUGCGAGAUCGCCGAACUUGAACCAAACGUAUUCGCCGCAGUCCUAUUUGAUGCAACAGCACCAGCAGGGGAUGCUGUCUCCGGGGCGAGGAGCGCAGCAGCAAUUGCACCAAAUGACAAGUCCGCUGCUGCAACAGGUGCAGAAGAAGGCGGAGCAGCAGACGAGGAUUCCGUCGUUCGUGCCGAAACCAGGGUUGCCGGCGCGGAAGAAGAUCUUGUCAACCAGCUCGACGGACCAUGGCGGGACCACGAACAGUAGUUCUACUGCAGCUCCUGCUGCGCUUGAUCAAAAUGGACCACAUGCCGUGGCGGGUACGAACACGAGUACAGCAAACAACAAACACGUUGCAGCGAAGAACGUGAACAGCAACAGCCUGAUGAUGUCCCUCGCGGCGCCAACGAGUACGAAUUCCCGACACAACUCUGUUGAGCUCGACGCCAACCACGGCCCGGUGAUGCGGGGCACGUUUUUGAGAAGAGGGCAUCGCAC